GAAUGGUUUGAUUUUGUUUAAUUAAGAAUUUUACAGGCAAAAACACUUUAUUUUUUGAUUUAUACUUUUCAACGAAGAAAUAACAACAAGUCUUAUACCGUUGUUUAAAAAAUUAAAGCACUUAACAUCGAUAAGUAGCACACAUACCUAUUAUUGCAGAAAUUACCAAACACAGCUGAUUUCGCCCAGUUAGGUGGCGCCGAAACAAGUGUUUACAAUUUCCUAAUUUUAUUGAAUUAAAACAAUUAAAUUUAAGUUGCAAACAGAUAUAUAAUAUUUGUAAUUUUUUAUAAUACAAUUUCUGUGCAAUGACUCACCCUGUGGACAAUGUUUCAGCACCAAGGAAAUAUCCAUUUGCUAAAAUGCGCCUAGACGACACACAUCAAUUGGAUGAAAUUAAAGGACGCUUUACCUGCACACAAUGUAAUCGUUCACGUAAAUUCUAUUGUUAUAACUGUUAUGUACCAGUUGGAAAUGUGGGUGAUUUCAUACCGCAUGUAGAGAUACCAAUUGACAUCGAUAUCAUAAAGCAUAAAAAGGAAAUUGACGGAAAGAGCACAUCAGCACAUGCUGCAGUUUUGGCUAGGGAUCGUGUGAAUGUUUAUGCAUAUCCAGAUAUGCCUGAUUACUCAAAAAUGGAUGGUGCCAUACUUAUAUUUCCAAGUGCUAAAAGCUUAACGGUACCGCAGCUUUUCAAUCAACGUGUACGAUUAAAAACUGAAAAUAAUUACGGCUUACCGAAAGGUCACAACAUAGGCACAAUGUUGAGAUGGCGCAUAGAUGAAAUCAAAGACGAACCAGAAGAGGGCGAAGAAUAUAUAGAUAAAGUAUAUACAUAUGAUAAUCUGCCGGUAAAACGUGCUAUAUUCAUUGAUAGCACGUGGAAUCAAAGCCGCGGUAUUUAUAAGGAUGAACGCUUAAAGGGUUUGCCCACGGUAGUUCUACAAAACCGAUUUUCGCAAUUUUGGCGACAUCAACGUGGCAGUCCACGUUGGUAUCUCGCUACAGUUGAAGCUGUACAUCAGUUCUUGCUGGAAGUACAUGUUAAUGCUUGGGGCCUCAAUAGGCAGUAUGGUGGCUUAGAUAAUCUCGAAAUUGGUCAAGGCUUUUACGAAACUGCGCGUUUAGUAGACGCGGAGGCUACAAAUGUGGUACGUGAUGCGCCCUAUAACGGACAAUACGAUAAUUUACUAUUUUUCUUUGCCAAUAUGUAUGAUAUAAUACAUAAAUAUUAUGACCACAACCAACUGAAAUCAUAUCGCAGACCAAUAUAAAAUCUAUUUAUCAAAAUAAUUAAAAGGAAAUAAAAAUUAAUUUAUAUGUAAAAAAUGUGUAAUUUUUACAAUAACAGCUAGCAGCAUUCAAUUAAAUCAAAAAUCGGUUAUUUUUUUGUUAAACACUUUUUGCAAAAGCAUUUUAUUUAUUUAAUUUUAUUUAUUUAUUUUUUUUUGUUUGUUUCACUUUCAAGUAAGUAUAUAUAUAUUUAUAUAUUUUAUAUUUAUAUAGAUAGUUGAUGGAAUUAAUAUGUAUGAAUGUGUGUAUAUAAGUUAUUUACUUGUAUAUAAGACAUCGUCGAUGUCACUUUCAAGCGAUGCAAAUCGCAAUACUGUAAAUGCACAAUCUCACACAAAAUACGAAGAGUACAUACAUAUGUAUAUAUGGUCAUAGAUAAAUAAAUCUUGUGUAUAUCGGUAUGAAGCACGCAACUUUCUGGAUUGGGUUUUGCAUCGCUUGAAAUAAUAUUCUCCCUGUGUAUGUGUGGGUGUGUAGGUGUUUCGCUGUGUCAAUUUAUUAAAAAAAAUUUACUACUGACUGCACUGAUUAAUUUAAUGUGUUGCUGCUAUUUGAAAUUGGAUACAUGGUUGUUUGUUUUAUUUAUAUUUUUUUUUUUAGCAAAUUGUACAUUAACGGCAUAUUUACGCAGUGAACAGAUCGACAUGUAAAUGUGUCGCACUUUUUUAUUGACCUGCUUUUAGGCGUUCACAAUGUGAAAAUAUUUUGAGUGUUUUUUUAGGAGGGUGUGGGACACUGUGAAACAUCCAAUCAUAAUAAUCGCAAAACAGACAAACACGAGGCUAAAAUUCAUUUAUAUUUAUAUGCAUUAAAUGCAGACAAAAAAAAAAAGCCUUCCAUGACGGGUUAUUUAACGCGAUUCCACGUUCUAUGUAUGUAUGUGUAUAUGGUUUUUUUUAUUGCAACUGCCUUACAUUUACACAAUCGUGCUGCUUGUGUACUCUUCUGCAUUAUACCUCAGGCGUAAUACUUUUUAUCUCAUCUUAGAUGUCUUUAAUCUUUGUCGAUUCUCUUUUUGCUUUAUUUUUUGCCGACAUUUCAAUAUUUUAUCACUCCCAUUGUAUUAUUAUUUUUUUUUAUUUAUUUAUUCAUGUUUGUAUAACAGUUUGUCAAUGUAAAUCCCAAUGUAUGAAUAUAUAAGAAAAAAAAAAGAAAAAAAACAUAUAUAAUAAAGUCAACAUAGUUGUCGCUGAAGUGCGUCAUACUUAAGUUAAUUUAAGAAAAAAAAACAAAAAAAAAAGGAUAUGAAUGUAUGUACAUUUAGUAUGUGGUUAAUAAUCAUUAAAAAGAUGGUUAACCGAAUAGCUACGAGACCAAUUGCUUGUUUGUAGAGAAAUUCGAAAAUGUUACAACAAUUUACUGCAAUAAAAAUAGAAAAUGGCUCUAAGUGAUGUUCAAAAAUUUUCACCUUUCGAGCUGUUUACAUAUGUGUAGUAUUUUAUUUUUUCAUUUAACAUAUAAAUAUGGUACAGCCGAAUCAUAGGGUAAUGACAGCAAUGACGAUUCUUGGGCAUGGCAGUGGCGAUUAAAGAGAAAAAAGUCUCACCCUCUCCCCAGCUGCCCAUGAAGUUAAAAUGUAAAAGCGUAGAUUUUAUUUGAUUUCUUCUUAUUCUUCUCAUAUUUUUUGUGGCCACUGCUGCUGUUACCGCUAUGAUUCUGCCAUUAGGCCUGUUUGUAAUAUACGAUUGUUAUUACGUUUGUCUUUACUUUUCUUGUUUUUGUUUUUGUCUUUGUGUUUAUUUAAUUUAAAUUUUUUACUUUGUUGGUUGCCACUUUUGUUUAUUUAGUAUUUUUUUCUAAAUUAUUUGUUGCUUUUCUAGUUGUUUGUAUUCAAUUCGUUACAGUUUGGUUGUUUUACAUAAUUUAAGUUAUUUUUGCAACAUCUUGGUUUCAAUAAAAAAAUAAUUACUAGUUAAAUAUUUAUACAACAUGUGUACAUUGUUUCAAUCAUAUUGUAAUUAUAGAUUUUGUAAGGGAAGAGGGGAGUAAAAGGGGUAUUGAAUGGAAAUAACUGCAAUUGCAUUUCGUCUAGUAAAAAUAUAUAGUAAAUUUUCAUUUGCUUAAUAAUAAAAUUUUUUUCAGUUUUUUCUUGCUGCUUCUCAUAUGUAUAUGCAUUUACUUUACUUUUCUUUUGUUUUUGUUUUCCUUUGCUAAUUCAUUAAUUUCCUUUCUGUUUUUUGUUUUAUUUGCGUUUUUUUUUUAAACAUUUAGUUUCAUUUGUGUGUUUCUUUGUGUAAUAUCUAUACAUUUUGUCUACGUUAAGAACUUAAAUGUUAAAAUUUUUUUGGGAACAUUUAGUAUAAUAAUUUCAAUCAUAAUUUUUUUUCCUAUUACCAGUAUUUGUUUUGGGUUAAUUAGAAUAAAAUAAAUUACUGUUAGUCAUAUUUUUGUUUACUUCAUCUGGAUUUCUGUGCUCUGCGUUUGUUUUUCUCGUCGCUUAAUUUAAUGUUUUCAUGCUGUUUACCUUUUGUCAUUGCAAUUUGUUUGUUUUUGUUUUUUUUACACCUUUGAUUACAUGUAUUUUUUGUUUUUAUUAUCAUUUUAUAUUUAUUUAUUUAUUUUAUGCCAGUAUUAUUUUUCUUCGCCUUUUUAAUUACAGUAAAUACACAUUUCUUGCAUUUUGAAUCGAUUUUACAACUAAGCUUAAAAUUUGUUGCCUUUUCUUUGCAUUUGGGUUUCUGUUGUUCCCUUUGUUUUUGUUUUUAGACAUCUUACGUUGUUACUACGCACUUUUCCAUUUUUUCUAAUAUUACGAUACUGUUUUAAUUUUUAACUUUUUGCAAUACAAUUAAAUACUCUUACACAUAAUAUGGAAUUGGGGAUCAUUAAUAUUACAAAUAUUAUUAGUUUUUUUUUUUUUUUGCAAAGUGAGUAAUUUAA